UUGUGUGGUGAGUGUACAGCCAAAGAUGUGGCAUGAUUCUAAGUGGUCCACGUAAAGACUCAAAUCUUUCGAGGUAAGAAGCACCCGUUUCUUUAGACCGCGCGGCACUGCUCUGCACUGCACUGACAGUCAAGCAAGCAGUCACUUCGACCUUCGUUGGAAGACUACCGAUGCGAGCUUUGCCGUUGGAUGUCCACAAAGACAAUAUAGCCUAUGAAUAUUUCAGGAGAGCUCAUAGUGCGCCGCGUGCUGUAAAGUGAUAUCCAUAAUAAGACUGAGACGGGAGGGGUGCGCAAAGUUCUUACGCUGGCCAAAGCUGGUACUGAGGGGAGACGGUCGGAUCACAUGCGGAAAGGGGUCUCCUUCAAGUAAACCAAAGGUGGCAGACCAAAGACCAAGGGAACCGUUUGCAGCAGUGUGAGUGGGAAGCAUGAAGCAAUGGUCGAGUCGGAGAGGAUCGCCGUGCUGGAGCCCAAUUGAGGCGUAACCGGCUCCUCCGCUGGUGUCGCACACGGAAAGUGUGGGAGCCGGAGAGAGGGGGACGGGGAGAAGUGGCGCAGGGCAAGACAGAAGGAACUGGAUGUCUGCUCGGCCGACCUCAGCAUCUCCUGCCGCGUCGUCAGCCCCACACCGCCGUCCACAAUGACCGUGGUCACGGGAGAUAACAUGGACGAGACCUCCACUCUCCCGGGGCACCCGCAGGACUCGUACCCCCCGGACCACGACGACCACGAAUGUUGCGAGAGAGUGGUGAUAAACAUAUCGGGACUGCGAUUCGAGACCCAGCUCAAGACGCUCGCACAGUUUCCGGAGACGCUUCUGGGUAACCCCAAGAAGCGAAUGCGCUAUUUUGAUCCAUUGCGAAACGAGUACUUCUUUGACAGGAACCGGCCGAGUUUUGACGCUAUCCUCUAUUACUACCAGUCUGGGGGCAGACUAAGGAGACCCGUCAACGUUCCCCUGGAUAUGUUUUCGGAGGAGAUAAAGUUUUACGAGCUGGGGGUAGAGGCUAUGGAGAAAUUCCGGGAGGACGAGGGGUUUAUACGAGAGGAGGAGCGCCCGCUACCAGAUAAUGAGUUCCAGCGCCAAAUCUGGUUGCUGUUUGAGCACCCAGAGAGUUCUGGACCGGCCAGGGGGAUUGCUAUCGUGUCGGUGAUGGUCAUUCUGAUCUCCAUUGUCAUAUUCUGCUUGGAGACGUUGCCUGAACUGAAAGAGGACCCGCAGGGUAGGUUUCAAACGAUUGGGAACACCACCUUCUACUACAAACCAAAUAUUCUCACUGACCCUUUCUUUAUCGUGGAGACCCUUUGUAUCAUCUGGUUCUCCUUUGAACUCAUUGUGCGCUUUUUUGCAUGCCCCAGCAAAGCGGCGUAUUUCAAAAACAUGAUGAACACCAUAGACUUAGUGUCCAUUAUACCAUAUUUCAUCACGCUGGGCACGGAGCUGGCCGAGGAUCCGGACCAGGCCAGAGAACAGGCCAAGGCAGGGGAACAGGCCACGUCUCUGGCCAUCCUCCGAGUCAUCCGUCUAGUGCGGGUGUUCAGGAUCUUCAAGCUGUCUAGGCACUCCAAGGGGCUCCAGAUUCUGGGGCAAACCCUCAAGGCCAGCAUGCGAGAGUUGGGACUGCUCAUCUUCUUUCUGUUCAUCGGUGUCAUUUUGUUCUCCAGUGCAGUGUACUUUGCAGAAGCCGAGGAGAAAGAGUCCUAUUUCACCAGCAUCCCUGACGCGUUCUGGUGGGCCGUGGUGUCCAUGACCACCGUGGGAUAUGGGGACAUGUAUCCCGUGACCAUUGGUGGAAAGAUUGUGGGUUCCCUGUGCGCCAUCGCCGGCGUGUUGACCAUUGCGUUGCCGGUGCCUGUCAUCGUUUCCAACUUCAACUAUUUCUACCAUCGAGAGACUGAGGGCGAGGAGCAAGCUCAGCUCCUGAACGUGAGCAACCCCAACAUCGCAUCCGACUCCAACUCGAGUCGACGCAGCUCGUCUGUCGUCAGUAAGUCAGAAUAUAUGGAAAUAGACGAGGACAUAAACAACAGUAUCGACAAUUUUAGAGAUGCGAACCUCAGAACUGCAAACUGCACGGUGGUGAACCAGAACUGUGUGAACCGAGGAAAGCUCCUAACGGAUGUGUAGGAUGCGCAUAGAGAACCACCCCCCCCCCUCUCCACCCCUCAAAAACGCACACCGGGGGGAUCACUGCCCUCCACUGUACAUAGUGUUUUAAUCCGUCUCCAAUGCUUUAUUGACACCAAUGCGUUAUUGCAUUGCAUUUAUGAGGAGAGACCCCACGCGAGAAUAUUCACAAGCGUCUAUGUUUGGUUUGACCGAAGGAGACAAAUCAUCUGCUUGAUUUGCGAGCUGGGAUAGAUCAAUGCACAAUCAAAACAUUCUUUGCUAAUAGUUUUUUUUUUACAUUAUUAUCAUUAUUCCUGAUCACUCCGCAUAAGUACAGUGCAUUCUGCACCCCCUGAAAGAUUUCAGAAAGUGACGCAAAACAGGCACACGUUUGGAAACUAUGGUCGAUAGCGUGGAUUACAUGUCAACUUUUGUGUUGCACAAAACCAGCCGCCUGCAGAUGCAUCGAUCAGUUUGGUUUGCUUUCAAUGAAGGAAUACUUGAGAUCGACGGAUCAGCGACGCACCUUAUUCUGAGGUCGGGGGAGGAGGAGGAGGUGGUGGUGU